UAGAAUUGCCAAAAAUCUUGUUCUUGCUUUCCUCACUUUGCUAUUUGUUUUAUUUUUAGGAGUUUUGAGAGCAAAAUGACAACACCCAGAAAUUCAGUAAAUGGGACUUUCCCAGCAGAGCCAAUGAAAGGCCCUAUUGCUACGCAACCUGGUCCAAAACCAAUCCUCAGGAGGAUGUCUUCACUGGUGGGCCCCACGCAAAGCUUCUUCUUGAGGGAAUCUAAGGUUUUGGGGGCUGUCCAGAUUAUGAAUGGGCUCUUCCACAUUGCCCUUGGUGGUCUUCUGAUGAUCCCAGCAGGGGUGUAUGCACCUAUCUGUGUGACUGUGUGGUACCCUCUCUGGGGAGGCAUUAUGUAUAUUAUUUCUGGAUCACUCCUGGCAGCAACGGAGAAAAACUCCAGGAAGAGUUUGGUCAAAGGAAAAAUGAUAAUGAAUUCAUUGAGCCUCUUUGCUGCCAUUGCUGGAAUGAUUCUUUCAAUCAUGGACAUACUUAAUAUUAAACUUUCCCAUUUUUUAAAAAUGGAGAGUCUGAAUCUUAUUAGAGCUUACACACCAACUAUUAACAUAUACAACUGUGAACCAGUUACUCCCUCUGAGAAAAACUCUCCGUCUACGCAAUACUGUUACAGCAUACAAACUCUGUUCUUGGGGAUUUUGUCAGUGAUGCUGAUCUUUGCCUUCUUCCAGGAGCUUGUAAUAGCUGGUAUUGUUGAGAAUGAGUGGAAAAGAAUGUGCUCCAGACCCAAAUCUAACAUAGUUCUCCUGUCAGCUGAAGAAAAAAAAGAACAGGCCAUUGAAAUAAAAGAAGUGGUUGAGCUAACUGAAACAUCUUCCCAACCAAAGAAUGAAGAAGACAUUGAAAUUAUUCCAAUCCAAGAGGAAGAAGAAGAAAUGGAAACAAACUUUCCAGAACCUCCCCAAGAUCAGGAAUCCUCACCAGUAGAAAACGACAGCUCUCCUUAAAUGAUUUCUUCUGUUUUGUUCCCUUUUUUAAACAUUAGUGUUCAUAG